GAGCGGGCUUAGCUCUUCCGGUUGUCGCGGCAGUCUUACCAAGGGAGAAGGUAGCCCCACCGGAGAAUCUCCCCGAUGGACACCGACGGGGUCCAAACACGAGCGACAUGGAGAGAGAGUGUGAGGAGCCUGUAGUUGUCGCAGUUGUGACUGAGCCCCGGUUCACGCAGAGAUACCGAGACUAUCUGGAGGAGCAGAAGCUCUUGGACAGGCAGCACCGGGUGGCCAAGCUGCGGGAUGGCGCGGUGGCGCUGCCGGUGCUGGCGGGAAGCCUUUCCGAGCAGCAUCUGCGGGAGCUGAGGGAUCGCGUGGCCCCGGGCAGCGCCUGUGUGCUGACGCGGCUCCCGGAUCCUCUUCCUUCCAAAAAGGCCCGGGUUCGUUCACCUGCUCAGAGACUGUGUCUGGAGGUGAGGCGUUGGAUGGAGGACCGCGGAGUGACGUGGACCGCUGAGUUGGAGGCAGAUCUGCCCCGGUCUUGGCAACGGCAUGGCGACCUAAUACUGCUUAGUGAAGACUGCUUCCAGGCCACGCCGUGGAAGAGUCUGGAACCAGAACUCUGGGAGACCGUUGCCUCGGCCCUCGGAGUUCAACGUUUGGCAAAGCGAGGGCGGGUGCUACCGGAUGGGACUCGAACUCCGUCAGUGACUCUGCUGCUGGGUGACCAUGGCUGGGUAGAGCAUAUGGAUAAUGGCAUCCGGUAUACGUUUGAUGUGACACGGUGCAUGUUCUCCUUCGGAAACAUCACCGAGAAACUUCGAGUGGCAUCGCUAUCCUGUGCUGGAGAGGUCCUGGUGGAUCUCUACGCAGGGAUUGGUUAUUUUACAUUGCCCUUCCUAGUUCAUGCUGGCGCGGCCUUCGUGCAUGCCUGUGAAUGGAAUCCUCAUGCCGUAGAUGCUCUAAGAAACAAUUUGGAGAUCAAUGGAGUGGCAGACCGAUGCCAAAUACAUUUUGGGGACAACAGGAAACUGAAGCUCUCAAACACUGCAGAUAGGGUGAACCUCGGGCUCAUUCCCAGUUCUGAAGAAGGCUGGCCCGUUGCCUGCCGAGUGCUUCGGAAAGACGUUGGGGGUAUUCUGCAUAUCCACCAAAACGUAGAGUCUUUCUCAGGAAAGAAUCCACAGCCACCUGGAAGCAGUAAUGUGGAAAAAGAGCAUUGGCCUCAUCCCCAGAAAAUCACCACUGAUAAACGGGGAAAUAGAACUACUGAGAAUUUCAGGGGGGAAAUGUCAUCGGCCAGCAAACCAGAGUGGCAAAGAUGGGCAGAAUCUGCAGAAACUCAGAUCGUCUCUCUUCUUCAUCAAGUGCAUGGGAAGCCGUGGAGGACACAAAUUCUGCAUGUCCACCCAGUGAAAUCUUACGCUCCCCACGUGGAUCACGUAGUCCUAGAUCUGGAAUGCCGCCCCUGUCCUAUGGUUGUCUAGAAGGGGUAGACUUAAUGACACAGUAGAGCCAGAUGUGUGGUCCUUGGUGCUUCAGCGAGGCCCGUGUUCUCAGCCUUCUGUUUUCUGGUGACCUUUUAAAGUGAUUUGUGGUCUGAAAAUGAACUCUAGAUCAAUCCAAAAAAUUUGUCUUCUGUUGAUCACGUUGAGAAUGUAUUAAAGUAUCAGAGGAAACCAAUGUGAUUCAUUAAAAUAGGAUUCAUCUGUGCA